AAGAGGUCCGGCGCUUGUCCAAUCAGAGGUUACGUUGCUACUCGCAGUGCGCAUGCGCUGUGGCGCAGACAUUUCAUGUGUUGUACGUCGUGUCCGGUGGAGGUCACAGACAUCAGCGUGAAACUGAGUAGUUUGCUGUCAUGGCCAAGCUGUUUGAAUCCAUUGGGAAGUUGGGGCUGGCCCUCGCCAUUGGUGGAGGUGUGGUGAACUCAGCGCUUUUCAAUGUUGAUGCAGGGCACCGGGCUGUGAUCUUUGACCGGUUCAGAGGAGUACAAGAUGCCGUUGUUGGUGAAGGGACACAUUUCCUUAUUCCCUGGGUUCAGAAGCCCAUCAUCUUUGACUGCCGCUCCCGUCCACGCAACGUGCCUGUCAUCACAGGCAGCAAAGAUCUUCAGAAUGUAAACAUCACAUUGCGUAUCCUCUUCCGGCCAGUCACAAGCCACCUGCCUCGCAUCUUCACCAGUAUUGGUGAGGACUAUGAUGAGAGGGUGCUGCCAUCCAUCACCACAGAGGUCUUAAAGUCUGUAGUGGCUCGGUUUGAUGCUGGUGAGCUCAUCACCCAGAGAGAGCUUGUGUCUCGGCAGGUCAGUGAGGACCUUACAGAAAGAGCCUCCACCUUCGGCCUCAUCUUGGAUGACGUUUCGCUGACACACUUGACCUUUGGCAAGGAAUUCACAGAGGCUGUAGAGAUGAAGCAGGUGGCUCAGCAGGAGGCUGAGAGGGCCCGUUUCGUUGUAGAAAAGGCAGAGCAACAGAAGCAGGCGGCCAUCAUCUCAGCAGAGGGAGACUCACAGGCUGCCUUGCUCAUCGCCAACUCCCUGAUGGAGGCUGGCGAUGGUUUGGUAGAGCUACGUAAGCUGGAGGCAGCUGAGGAAAUUGCUUUCCAGCUGUCUCGCUCCCGCAACGUCACUUACUUGCCCUCGGGACAGGGCACAUUGCUGCAGUUGCCCCAGUGAUAACAUCUCACCUCAUGUCUACCCCACAUUUGCUGUCACCAUCCGUCACAAGCGCCAUAGAAGGGGUGGUUGGAGGAUUCAAUAAAGGACUCCCAACUUCACACACAUUCCUCCCACUCUUUCUCUAACCAACUCUGGACUGGGCUCUGCUGAUAGCAGCAUGGUGGGAGACAAAGUGAGAGGUCUGCGUUGGAUACAGUUAUGAAGUCCACCCAUGUGUGAGGAAGUGGGUAGAGGGUAACCUAUAUAUAGUUCUUUGUUUUGAAAAGAAUUGACAAUGCAGUAAAUUCUCUAAAGAUUUGUCUUUGCUACAUUGUCUGCGAUUCAGAGCACAGCAUAUGUGAAAAGCAACAGCGUGAUUAUAACUUUAACAGAACUGUUGAUUCCUUUUGAAAGAAAGAAGAUAAAUUGUGAAUGAUGAAUGCCAUUACUCUGUUACCGUUGUGCUGAAAAAAUCCAUCAAAUUAUGUAACUACAUAUAAAAAGUCUGUAAUGAAAGUCUCUCCUUUGUCUGAUUUGCCAGAGGGCAAAUAUCUAGCAAAUUAUUUCUUUGUGAAUAAUAUUGGCACCUCCAACCAAUUGGAAUGUGCCAGUCAGAUAGUAGAGGAUGAUCCUUCAUUCUUUACAGUUGUCGCUGUGUGUUCAGUUUGUGUGGAGAAAAUCUAAACCCCACCCCUCCAGAAAAGGCUCACCUUAACAAUAAAACUGUCUUUCUACCU